CUGGGCGCCCGCCACCAGACUAGAACAGUCCUCCCCAGGGACCCCAAAGCAAACAUGGAUCAAGAAGCUGUGGGCAACAUUGUCUUGCUGGCCAUUGUCACCCUCAUCAGUGUGGUCCAGAACGGUUUCUUUGCCCACAAGGUGGAGCAUGAAAGCAAGACACAGAAUGGGCGGAGCUUCCAGAGGAUGGGAACACUUGCCUUUGAGCGGGUCUACACUGCCAACCAAAACUGUGUAGAUGCGUACCCCACUUUCCUUGUUGUGCUCUGGAGUGCGGGGCUCCUCUGUAGCCAAGUUCCCGCGGCCUUUGCUGGACUAAUGUACCUGUUCGUGAGGCAAAAGUACUUCGUCGGCUACCUAGGGGAGAGAACUCAGAGCACGCCAGGCUACAUAUUUGGGAAACGAAUCAUACUGUUCCUGUUCCUCAUGUCCCUUGCUGGUAUAUUCAACUAUUACCUCAUCCUCUUUUUCGGAAGUGACUUCGAAAACUACAUAAAGGCAGUAACCACCACCAUCUCCCCUCUGCUUCUCAUCCCCUGACUCUCCGCUGAAUGCAGGGUCGGCACUCUCUGAUCAAUACUGAAAGUCGUCAUAACUCAACCCUUGCAAAGAUGUAGCUCCUCUUCAGACAGCUGUAAAUCUAAUGACCAUCUGGGCUUCGCAGCUUGAGUUAACCGUGCUUUCCCUGGAAGAAAAUAACUUUGUGUCUGCCCCACUCCUUGAGAUUGGGGGUGGCCCCGGAUCUCUUUUCAGACCCAUUCUGUAUGUUUCUUGACUUAUCCUUCUUUCUGAAGAUGUUUUUUGACCACAUUGAUGUGUUCCUAAAAUAAAAUGCAGAGACAUGUUUUAGGCUG